GUCCUGCGAACAUUGCCGGCCAAAAAUGGGUUGCAGGAGCUGUGAGAAGCCAAAGGUAAACUAUAGGAAAGGGUUGUGGUCACCUGAAGAAGAUCAAAAACUGAGGGACUACAUCCUUGAGCAUGGGCACAGCUGCUGGAGUGCAGUUCCUGUCAAAGCUGGCUUGCAACGGAAUGGAAAGAGCUGCAGAUUGAGGUGGAUCAAUUACUUAAGGCCUGGAUUGAAGCGGGGAAUUUUCUCUCAAGAGGAGGAGGAAAUAGUCAUCAACCUUCAGGCCAGAUUGGGCAACAAGUGGUCACAGAUAGCAAUGCAUCUGCCUGGAAGAACAGAUAACGAAGUGAAGAAUUAUUGGAAUUCCUAUUUAAAGAAGAAAGUCAUAAAAGCUCAAGGAUCACAUCCUCAUGGCUCUGCAACAAAAUCGCUGGAGCUAACCAAUAAAAACCUAUUAAAUCACAAAGAGACCAAUAACCAAAUUCCAAGUUCUCAAUCCCUGGAGCCCCCUGAAUUGUCUACGGCAGAUUCAGGCCUAUCCUUGAAGCAUAGCAUGGAAUUUGGCUCCUUCAAAGGGACAACCCACCAUCACUUGCCUAAGGUUUUAUUUGCCGAUUGGCUCUCUGUCGACCAAGUCAUUGAGCAGGGUUCAGGAAGCUUCGGUGGUGCAGCCAGCACUCCAUGGAACUCCAACAACUCCAACGUUGAUGAGGUCCUUAGGCCAGGGUCUUCGGAAGUUAUUGGACAGUCUAACAGUGACUUUCUCAGUGGAUUUGGAGAUACCGGCAUUUAUGAUGAGCUUCAAGCACAAUUUGAACCUGUUGGUCAGAUUCCAGGAGAUGCUUUCUUUGAUCUUUUCACCAUGGGGAAAAUUCCGGGUAGUCUUGGCAUGAACCAUGAUGCAAUAUUUUGAUCCAUCAGUGCUAUGUACCUAUUAGUUUCUGGACCCUUGUUGUUGGAUUUUUGUGUGAAUUAAUG